AUGGGUGGCAAGGACUCUGGUAGCGCACUAGUCAAUCGGGUGGAUGCACGUUGUGGCUACAAUAACCUUGAUUCAUUCUUUGCUAGACGCAUCGUCAGCGAGCUGGAUGCUCUAUUGAAUGAGCAUAAUGAAUUGUUGAAAAUAUUCAAAUCCCACAUGCACAAAUUAGAAAGCGAUAAUCACGCUAUUGUUAUUAAUCCUGAUAAAACACCAGCUGGAGAACACAUUCGUAGAUUCAAUGCACCUGUAGUUGACGACGUUGCUGGAAUCAUGGUUGGCGAUCGUACAGGUGCACGAGAAAUUGUGAUUCGUAGGAGAAAUAAUAAUCUUCAGUUCAUUGCUGAUACACACCGUUCAUAUGACGCUCUCCAAUAUCCGCUAAUCUUCUGGAAGGGACAAGACGGAUACGGCAUGAAUAUUAAACAACGAGAUCCCGUAUCAGGAGCCGAAACAAACAAGAACGUUAGCUCGAAGGAUUAUUAUGCGUAUAGAUUGAUGAUUAGACGCGGGCUGGAUAACGUCAUUCUACGAUUUCGAGAGCUUUGUCAACAAUUCAUGAUCGACAUGUACGCGAAGAUAGAAGGCGAACGACUACGAUACUUACGAUAUAAUCAACUCAAGCUACGUGUCGGAGAGUAGAUUCACUUGCGAGACGCUAUUGUCAACAACGCUGACGCCGCCGAAAUUGGUAACUCUGUCAUUCUACCAUCAUCGUACGUAGACUUGCAUGUCAGAUGGAAAAUGUACAAAAAAUUUCCCUAAAGAUUUCACUAACGAUACAAUCACAAAUGUCGACGGAUAUCCAAUAUAUCGUCGAAGGAGUCCAGAUAAUGGCGGACAAUCAUUUAUUAAAAACAUCAGCAACACAGACAUUGAUAUUGACAAUCGUUGGGUCGUGCCAUAUUCGCCCCUGCUGAGCAAAUCAUACAAUGCUCAUAUUAAUGUUGAGUUCUGCAGUUCUGUGAAGAGCAUCAAAUACAAGUAUGUCCAUAAAGGCAGUGACAUGGCGGUGUUUAUAGUGGAAAAUACCAAUGUGAAUGCUCCUCCAGUAAAUAAAAACGAUGAAAUAACGCUCUACCAAAUAGGUCGGUACAUCAGCUCGAAUGAAGCUGUUUGGCGUAUCUUUGGUUUUCCAAUUCAUGAACGGGAUCCAGCAGUUUUUCAGUUAGCCGUUCAUCUUGAAAAUGGUCAGUGUGUAUAUUUCACGAACGAGACAGCGAUUGAUGGUGCUAUAAAUCCACCAAAAACUACACUCACUGAAUUUUUUGAUUUGUGUAAUCGUGCGGAUGAUUUUGGUGCCUUUGCACGUACUUUACUCUAUUCACAAGUACCACGCUAUUUCACAUGGGCUCAAACAAAACAAUGGAUACCCCGCAAGCAAGGCUCACCAGUUGAUGCAUGCCCCAAUUUAUUCAAAUCAAACGCCUUGGGGCGAGUAUUUACAGUGAAUCCAAGACAGACUGAGUGCUUUUAUCUUCGACUAUUGUUGGUUAAUGUUACUGGCCCAUUGUCAUUUCAAGAUAUACGUAAAGUGAAUGGGCAACAGCAUACAACGUAUAAAGAUGCAUGCCUUGCACUCGGCAAUUGUUGAAUGCAUGAGUGAGUGAGACUAGACUAUAGCGAUCAGACGACCCGCGAAUUUCUACGAGCCAUCGACGAUCAACGCGACAUCUGGCCGCGAGGAUGGAACGACGAGAAAAUUUGAAUGGACCAAUGACGACGGAGAGCGAUCAACAACAAGUAUGCAAGGCGCCAUCUGAACACGAGGCUGAUCACUAAUCGAAGUAUCGACCAAUCAUCGAUUGCAACGGAAUACUGGACGCAUCCCGUAAUACAACGGCCGGCUAGAAGAAGCUGUGAGCUGAUUGGAUGCGAGUUUUUGGGAACGAACCGAAAAGAAAAGAGCAUGUGUUGCCGAGGAGGCAGCCUUAUUAACAAUGAAUUCUGAUCUGGAUGCCGUGACUGGCAUCGUGCAGUUCUCUUUUUGAUUAUUUUUGCUGUUUAAUUUUUUUUAAAUUUGUCGCUGACGUGAGUACAAUUGUGUACAUUAUUGGGAAAUAUUUCGCCGAAUUGUUUUGGACACUACGACCCCGGACACGCCAUCGCCGAGAUAUCGACGCUCUUCCGUCAGUUUGGCCGCCAACUUCGCCUACUUAGCCAGCAUCGCCCGAGACGUCUACGGUA